AUGGAGCCAGGCAGCGUGGAGAACCUGUGCAUCGUCUACCAGAGCCGGGACUUUCUGGUGGUGAACAAGCACUGGGACGUGCGCAUCGAUAGCAAGACGUGGAGGGAGACCCUGACCCUCCAAAAGCAGCUGCGGCACCGCUUCCCGGAGCUGGCCGACCCCGACACCUGCUACGGGUUCAGGUUCUGCCACCAGCUGGACUUCUCCACCAGCGGAGCCCUCUGCGUGGCCCUGAACAAAGCAGCUGCAGGCAGCGCUUACAGGUGCUUCAAGGAGCGGCGGGUCACCAAGGCUUAUCUGGCUCUGGUCCGGGGGCACGUCCAGGAGAGCCGGAUAACCGUCAGCCAUGCCAUCGGCAGGAACAGCACGGAGGGUCGGACCCACACCAUGUGCAUCGAGGGCACCCAGGGCUGUGAGAACCCGAAACCAAGCCUCACGGAGCUGGUGGUUCUAGAACAUGGGCUCUAUGCAGGCGACCCCGUCUCCAAAGUGCUGCUGCAGCCCCUCACAGGCCGGACGCACCAGCUGCGUGUGCACUGCAGCGCCCUCGGCCACCCCGUCGUGGGGGACCUGACCUACGGGCAGGCCUCGGGCCAGGAGGACCAGCCGUUCCGCAUGAUGCUGCACGCCUUCUACCUGCGGAUUCCCACGGAGGCGGAGUGUGUGGAGGCCUGUACGCCAGACCCGUUCGUGCCCGCCCUUGACGCCUGCUGGAGCCCUCACACCGUGGUACAGCCACUGAACCAGCUCAUCCAAGUGCUGCGGGCUGCCCGUGACCCCGAACCCGCAGAAGGGGGCCACUCCACGCACCUGCCCAGGCCAGGCCGGCCCCCGCCGCCCCAUCCCCCUGAGACGGAGGCUCCGCGGGCCUCGUAUCUUCAGUGGCUGUCAGAGUGGACUCUGGAGCCAGACAACUGA